AUGUCAGAUUCGGAGAUUGCAAUGGAAAAACUGAAAAUUGCCGAUGAGCAGGACGGUGAGCGCUGUUUUUAUUGUACGUUCAUAAAAUUUCCACAUUAUUACCAAUUCUUCAAAUCGACUUUUCCGUUGGUUACGCGUAUCCAACUGCUGUAUCUUUCAAUUCUCAUGUCUUUUUUUCGAACCCGAUUGCUUGCAGGUAUGGUUGACCAAGGAGCUGAAAACCCCGGUCUGUACCCGCUGAAAAGGGAGUGGACUUGGUGGUAUCUGAACGACGAGCGUACUAAGUCGUGGGAAGAUCGUCUCAAGAAGGUUUACACCUUCAAGACUGUGCCGGAGUUCUGGGCUCUCUACGAUGCCAUACGCCCGCCAAGUGGCUUGAAUGCCCUGUGCGACUACAACGUCUUCCGCGAUGGAAUCCAGCCAAUGUGGGAGGUGCCUGAGAACGCCAACGGUGGUCGCUGGCUGAUCGCCAUCGACAAGGCCAAGAUUCCGGAGAUGGUCGACGCGAUUUGGCUCGAAAUUUUGAUGGCGCUCGUCGGAGAGCAGUUUGGGAAGGACAUGGAAUCGAUCUGCGGACUCGUUUGCAACGUCAGAGGCAAAGGGUCUAAGAUCAGCGUGUGGACCAAGGACUGCAACGACGACGACACGAACAUGAGGAUUGGGUAGGACCGAUAGCAAUCUUUUUUGUGUAGGUGUCUUUUUUACAGAGUAGUUUUGAAGGAGAAGCUGAUGGCCGCUUCGAAGGACCACGACAAGCCGCUGUUUGACGUCAUCCGCUAUGAAGACCACGAGAGUUGCCAGAAGAAGACGAGCUCGCUUGUGAAGGCCAAGCUGACUCUCUACUCUGCUCCCGAUUCUCCAGACAAACCCGGCUUGUAA